UCAAGCAAUUCAUGACAAGUUUAGCUUUUUAAAUGGGAAUAACAUCUACAAAAUGGAAGUUAAAGAUUUGAAGACUGCAGCCAAAUGGUUGUUUGAAACAUACAAAGAUGACACCAAUGGAGAAGAAAUAGUUCUAGAAAUGGAAAGUUUUAAACAUCACGCCUUGGCAGUUGAUGACACUAUGAAAACAGCAUCUGCAGCGACCCUCUUGAAGCUCAUUCACGAACACCGACUUGGAGAAGGAUAUCCUAACCUGACCACAGCCCUUUUAAGAUAUUUCUUACUCUUCCUGUAACAGUUUCUUCAGGCGAAAGAAGUUUCAGCAAAUUGAAAAUUGUAAAAAAAUUAUUUAAGAAAUAGUAUGAGGCAAGACAGACUGUCGAAUUUGAGAAUUAUUUCCAUAGAACACAAGAGAGCAUCCUCUAUUUGCUAUGAUGAUACCAUCAAAAUCUUUGCUGCAAAAAGAUGGGCUUCCUCAACCAAUGGCAUCUCGUUCUCAGGCCACUUCACGCUCUCAGCAGUCACAAGAGCCGCAGACACAAGAACUACCUGAGAAUGCUGUCAACAACGUAGUACAUUACUUGCUGACCCAAGCGCAGACCAAACGUGGUAUUAAGAGAGCUGAUAUCUUAGAGGUGGUUGGCAAAGUUGGGAACAAGAAGUUUAAAGAUCUCUUGAGUAAUGCUGCCAAAAUUCUAGUUAACGUGUACGGCAUUAAGCUGGUGGAGGUUGGCCACGAAAGUGCCAAAUAUUACAUACUGAUUAACCAGCUUCCAUACAACUCGCAAUUAGGCAACAUUGUGUGGUUGCAGGAUGAACAGAAGGACCAAAUUUUGCUUAUGAUCGUCCUGUCUCUCAUUUUCAUGAAUGGCGGGAUAGUGGAUGAAGAACUGAUGUGGAGCUACCUGACUCAACUAGACAUUGUGGAAGGUGGAAGCAGAACUCACCCUUAUUUUGGAGAUGUUCACAGGCUCUUGAAAGAGGAAUACAUGUUCCAGAUGUACUUGGAAUAUAAUUUGGUCCGUGACUCUGACCCCCAAAAACACACAGUAUCCUGGGGGGAGAGGGCUCGUCGAGAAGUGUCACUCAGCAAGAUACUUCAGUUUGCGUGUGAUAUGUAUGGUGCAGAGCCAACAGAAUUUGCAAAUCAAUAUAAAGAAGCACAGAUGGCAAGUUCUGGAGUUCCUUGAAACUAGUGUAUUUCAGCAAGGAAAAUGUGCUACCUAUGGCCUAAUUGUCUAAUGUCAAAAACUAGCACAAAUUUUUUUUUUAUGGGAAGUAUAAUGUACACAUGUUCUUAAUUGCAAUAUAAACUUCUAAUCUUGCAAUGAACUAAUUGUUUAAUAAAAAAGUAAAACCCUGCAAUGUUUUAUAUAAUUUUGGUUGGAAUGUUUAAAAUUUUAAUAUCACUCAUUUCCACAUGGUCCUCUGACACACUCGUAUACAGUGCCAAUUGAAAUUCCUGUCUGCUUAAUUUUAAGUGUCGGAAGGGUGCUAUUCUUUAAGAUAUAUGCCAUCUUAUUAAUCCACUUACAUAGCGGUUUUUUUUAAUAUAUAUAUAUUUCUCUAAAUUAUAAUUUUUCAAUGCUUUACCUUGAUUUUCCUCAUGUCACUAAACAAUUGAGUUAGUGUCUAUGCUUGAAAAGAAUGGUUGAAAUAUUUUCUAUAUAUGAAUUGUCCUUUGGGACUUGCAAGUCUAAAUGUUUGGAAUUUUUUUUUUGUGAAAACAAAAAUAAUUUUGGCCAAGAUUUCACCCGGGGGAAAUAUUGCCCGUCCCAUUUUGUACUAUGAUUGAAGAGACAGGGGCAUGAACAGAUAUUGCUUCUGCAAAUCAAGUUUACAAUAGUACCCACCAUGCUGCAAGAGUACAAAAGAAAAAUGGCCCUAACCACACAUUUGGCAAUCACUAAAAUUGCUGAGACAAGUAUUCACGGAAAAUAAAUGGGAGAACCAAACACGGUUUCAAAUAUGCCUGCAAAAAUGAUAUAACCAGCUAUAAUGUAAGCAUUACACACACUUGUUACUAAAGCUGCAUCAUGAGCUUGUUAUUAAAAUUUUCAGGCAGCAAACAGACAAGGUGCUGGCCUUCCGCAUACCAAAGGUCCAACCUGGAAUCUCACCAGCAAAAGUUUAAUUGAACUACAGCUCAGAUUCAGUGAUGAAAAUUUUUAAAUGCAUGUACAACAGCUUUUUAAAAUAGCAAUAUAAGCUCUCCAACAAUCAUACAUCUGCCAUACGAAAAUGUAUAUUUACUUGCCAGACAGACUAAAGACCCGAAGCUUGCAGCAUUGCAAGACCCUGCCCUCCCAAGAUUUUGAAAGAAAUUUUGAGGAAUUAAUACAUUGUUUUAUUCAUUCAGAGGAAUCAGCUAAUUAUGUUAAUUUCAGUAAAAAUUAACUAUCAUGCGCUAAGUACAGCGUUCCUGUGGACAGGGUAAACUUGGGAAAGUUAUGGAAAUCAAAAAUGAUUUCUGGAAUUUACUAUACAUACCAAGAACCAACACAUACCUCCAAGCUGUUAAAAUAGAAAUUUUUUGUGUUUAAGAAAACGUAUAGCGAUUUUUUUUACUCUGUUAAAACUUGAUUAGAAAAAUAUUAAUUAUUUGUGAAUAUUGUUGAAAUAGUUUUAAAAUUAAAUUUGAAUUAAAAAAAACACUAUUGUAAAAAAAUAAUUUUGAAAUUUCAGAAAUAUUGUAUAUUCUACAAAUAUUUUAUAUCUUUAAUAGUGUCACCUCCACUAUUUAAAAUUUGCAAAAUAGCAGCUUUACCAUUACUUCUUUGAAAUAUGUAAGGGCUCUUUUAAAUUCAAGUAUUAAUUUGCUUUACUUGAACUAUAAUUGCACAUUAAUAAACCACUCAUUAAUAGUACUUAAGUUAACUAAUACUAAAAGAUGAACAUUCUGCAAGGACAUGUCAUACCAAAUAAAAAUGGUCCUGCUGAAAAUUGCCAUUUAUGAACUUUCCAAAUACGUUACCAUGUAUGGCUACAAUCAUAUGGACUGAAAAAGUCAGGGAAUUUCAAAUUUAAAAAUAUGUAUGUAGCAUCCCUGUAACCAGCUUGUUUCAGAUAUUUUCAGUGGCCACAGUUGUAGGCUCUCGGCUUACAGGCAAUAUUUUGCCGCCACCCCAAGGAAAUCAAGCGACUUCGGGAUUUAUCUGCAAAAUUUAAGAUGUGUGCGAGUUUUAAGAACGUUUUUCCUCAAUCAAAAUUAACAAUUAUUUCAAGCAAGGAAAAGUUGUUUGUGUUGCUAAGAGUACUGCGAGUACCUGUUGUAAACAUUGUUAAACGGCAGACUGUUUUGUUUUGUGCAAAAUCUAAAUAAAAAAAUCUACACUAAA